CCUUAUAAACCCUAGAUCUGAUUCCUCACACGACGCCGCCUCCUCUCCAACUUCGAUCUGAAUCUUCACUUCACUACUCCAAAUCUUAUCGAUCUAAUCUCCAAGACACAAAGAGAUCAUCGGUCUAGUCUUGAAUCGUUUACAGUUCGUGAAUUUUGGUCCAUAGAAUCAGUAUGGAGAUGCACUCUACAAUGACAUGGAGAUGCGGAUACAACUUUUUAAGGCACCAACAUGUGGUACAAGUGGACUAUACUACUUUCAUAAAAGAAAGGUUGCAGGAUAGGGUAGAUAGGAAAAGUUAAGAAUUCCCGUUGCCACAGAAUCUGUACAGCCGAACAUUGAUGUUGGAUAAGUAUAUUUCAAAUUGGGUCUCUUAACUCUUUAAGUAUGAGCACAAAUAACGACUUACCAACCCUAUCCCCCAAUAAAGGUAUAGGUGUACAAAAUCUGGCUUGGGCUAAAACCAGUUCGGGUUAUAACCCGGCCCGAGUUUUUUCCUAAUGGUCCAAAGCGGUUCAUGUUAGAAACCCGGUUUUUGGGGAAAAGGUCCAACUCACUCAAACUGAUUAAAGUCUGGUUAAAAACCGGUUUGGCCAUUUAAAAGUAGUUUUUAGUUCGUUUUUCGGUUUGGAUCCAAACCUUGGGUCAGAUCAGUCCAGUCCAUAGUUGUUAAUAGCGAAUAACAUAGUUGUUAAUAGCGAAUAGCGACAAAUAGUGACCGCUAUAUUAUAAAUAGCGAUACACUAGAAAAAGAAUUAUGAAAAUUUUUAUAUGUAUAUUACAUCAAAAUAUCGUGGUAUAUAUCCUGGUAUAUUAUAAAUAGCGAUACACUAGAAAAAGAUAGGUGUAUUUUAUAGUAUUUACUAACAAUAUUUACGUGUUUGUAGUCAAUCACUACUUGUGAGCUUAUAUGGCCAUUCGACGAUUCAUUCCCCAACAUGAUUUUAGGACAUGGGCAAGCUUAUCCAUCUUCUGAUAGGAUUUUAGAUAAUAACCCGAUGCAUGUUGAUUACAUAAAAAUUUAUGUAAAUGGUGUAAUGGAAAAAUAUAAAGGUUAUCCUAUCCUGCCACACACAAUGAAAUCUGAGGAAGUAAUUGAUAUGGGUAGUACACAAGGAAAAUUUAUUCAAUGGCCUAGAAAAGCUAUAAAGAAAAACAUCAAACCCUAGAGAAACUAUUUGCUCUCCUCUCUUAGGCGACGAAGAAACACCCAAAAAUUCGUUCGGCGAUUCCGAUUUCGGCGUCCACAUUUGAAACGGCGAGGACUCCUAGGUUCAAAUCCAGGAGAAAAAACGUUAACAGGUGUUUACAAGGAAAAAAUGGUUGCACAUACCAGAAGCUUGAGCCGGGGGAAGGGGAAGACAAAUUUAGAACCAGAUGUUAUAUGCGUUAGUUCCGGCACGAGGUCCCGGCGUCAGCGCAAUAGUCAUGUCGCUUGUGUGCUCUUUGACUCGACCGAAGAAGAUGUCACGCCCCCACGGGCGAACAUCAAACGGCAGAUAACGAAGCGGAAGCAAACGGACUAUUGUGGCUCCCCGACGAAAAAGAGGAAGAAACACAGACAACCAGCACAACAGAUUCCAGCGUUGAAUACACGAUCUUCCCCGAAGCAAUUAUUCAGUGCCAUGAUGGUUUUAAGUGAUCGUCAGAAAGAGUCUAUUAAGGCAAUGGGUUUCGGGGGCUUGUUAGGUCUGAGUGUCAAUGGGAUUCCUGAGAAGUUAGCCUUCCAUGUGGUGGAUAGUUUUGAUGCGAAGUCGCUGACGUUAAACAUAGGUAACGCCAGCCUGGUGGUUGACGCGGGGUUGAUUAGCAAAUUGUUAGGGAUACGAAACACAGGUUUGAGGUUUGCUGAUGUCGAGGUAGCCAAGACGCUUCCUCCAUCGUUGAAGGCGUGGCGGGCACGCUUCCCACCAACAACUUACAUAGCCCCUUCACUGAUUUCGGCCGAAAUACAGAAGGACACGUAUUCGGACAUGGCGUUUUUUCGUACCGAUUUUGCCUUGCUUUUCCUCACUGCGAUGGGCAGUUCACAGCAGAACGGUUAUGUCAAAGACAAGAUUUUGAAGCGUUUGACAGCGGAAACAAGAUACGAAGAUUACAAUUGGUGUGAAUUCAUUAUCGAGUGUUUGAGGAAGUGUAAGAAAAAAUGGAGGCCAUCGGACCCCAAGUGUUGCUGGGUUGGGCCGUUGACGGUCCUGACGUUGUUGUAUGUAGACUGCACGCAGCAGCCAGCGUGCAACACCGGCGUUGGGGUCCGCGCACUUCAUUACUGGACAAAAGAUCUUUUGACGCGUCGUCAGGACUACGAGAUAGCGAACGGAGGGUUCGGGCGUGGACGGGUGAAACCUCUAAGUGAGGCCCCAGCUGAAAACGGUGGAGCUGAACAGGCGAGCAUUGUGGAUGAAUGGUUACAAGAGUUAGCUGCUUUAAGGUCCAAAAUAGAGAAGACCUUAAGCGAUCGGUUGAACCUGGAUCCGGACAACGAGGAUCAUAGGAGGUUGAAGCGGAAAUACCUCGAAGUGUUAGACGUGUUGCCAUGUCUGCCGGAUGAGGGAUUAGAGACCUUCGAGGAAGGCGACAUGCUGAAUAGAACAGCCGGGGGUUCUUCCAGCCCUCCGUCCGCCCUAGCAGAGGGGGUUGAGCAAGCGGCGCAAGACGACACAAAUGUUGCUUCUGAUUCUGCCGACGAACACGAAGAGUGUAAUUUAAAUGUGUUGAUAGCAGGUAUCGCCAAAACCGCAGUGGAGGGGGACGGCGCGAGCCUGAGAGAUGUAAGCAUAGUCUGUGACACCUUUCCAGGGACGCGUGGCGCUGCGGGGGGAGACGAUGCCGACGAUGGCGCCGAUGAACCAGAUAUGGGCAAUGUUGGGGCUGUUACCGCAUGUAGUGGCGGUGCUGGGUACAAGCAGGCUGAAAGUUUGGAGGGGGUGAAUCACGGGGAAGACCAGUUGGCGGUUGACAGCCAGGGUACAGUGAGCUUGGGGGAAAACAGUCAAGUCGAUGCUAGCGUGCCGGUCGAAACGAGAGUGGGGCGCUCGGACGUUGAGAGCCCGGCGAAUGUUGGCAAGUCAGACUCGGGUGACGUUACGGGCGGUCCUGAAGCCACGCCCGAUGAUGGGAACAAAGAAACGGGCGCAACCGUCGACGACGGUGUUGAAAAUGCACAGGCGGAUGUUGAUGGGAGCCCACCUGCCGCCGACGUUUUGCAGCAGCAGGCUGCCUCAUUGCUUCGGCCCCUGGCUGUAUGCGGGCUGUUUGCUCCGUCGGUUCGAUCACCCAGGCUCGCAGCCGAAAUUGAAAAUGUUUCAGAACCUGGAACAGGGGUGGCCGCUGAACGGACUGAUGGCGUGACAACGGAAGGGGUGCAAGUGAGCGUUAAGACUGGCGGAGGUGAGACGGUUGUUAAUCGCAGUUCGACGAUGGAACUGGGGAUUGGGUCUGUUGGGCGGGGGCGAGGCUGGACCAAGUCAUCAAUUGCCGCGAGGCUUCUUAUCGGGCCCCCGUCUGUCAGCGCAGGCUGUUCCUCGGGCUUGCGUGCAGCAGACUACGUGCCCGGGGUAUCUUGCGAGGGGGAACAGCCUGUGGGUGUUGACGGUGGCAGAAGCCGGGUGGGGGGCAGUAGCCAUCCGAGUUUUAGCUUGGGGAUCUCGCAGGAAGUAGCGUGUGGCGCGGGAGCAGGCGAAAAAUCACCUGUAGCAGGUGUCCAGACUGACUUCGGACCCGGGCCUUCGGAUGAUCUGGACGUGUCGGCCACCAUAUCUAGCCCUGUCAGAAGCCCUCUAAGCUUCAAGUCAUGGGUGCGCGAAGGUGAGGCCCCUACGAAGGUUGAUGUUGCGUCGGGUAGCCAACCUAGUUUCAGUCUGGGGAUAUCGCAGAGUGUGCCUUGUGAGCGGCAGCCAAACGGGAAAAACUCGACAGGUAAUGAGGCCGGACCGGGUUCCGUACGUAGUGGUGGUGCGGGCGGCACCGACGGUGCAAGAAGACGUUUAGGAGCUGAUAUCUGCGGCUGGGUCCCUAUUGCAACCCGGGGCCCGUUCGACAUGGCAGAGGGCAGUAAGCGCACGGGGACUGGGGGGGCACCCGAAGCAAACGGAGCCUAUUCAAGCAAGACCAAUCAGAGCGUUUCACGAGAAGCCGCGCUUGCGUUCCAACCCUGAUGAUGUCGAGAUAGACCCAAAACAAAGCACGACGUUGGAACUUUCGGCAUGGCGGUUGCUUUUCCGUAAGCGGACAAAGAAUGGACUGUUGAAGCAAGCACUAUUUGAAAUGACCGAGAGUGAUCCAUCCAUACAGGUCAACCCGGACGAUGCAUGCGUUAACUUUCCAUAUGUGAUGUUUGAAGACAUGUUUGGGGCACGGGUGGAAACUAUAGCCCUUCAAUCCCUGGAGAUUGGAAGCAAUGUAGCCGGGUCAGUAGUCGAUGCAUGGGCGCACGUCCUCAACGGUGACCCAAAAUUUUCAAUCCCCGGGAUGCCUAGACGCUUGUUUUGCGUCCACACAGCCGUGGUUGACUGGAUGUUAAGCUUGGAGACAGACCCUGAUGGGGGUCGCGUGUCUGCGUUUGAAUGUGGGCUCAAGAGUAGCCUGGCCGGGCGACAUCACCUGCUGGACCUGCGAGCGUUCGACAUGGUCUUUGUGACAAUGCUAGAGGGAGACCACUACUACCUUGUAGUUUUUGAUUUGGAGGCCGAGUGCAUACACCUCGUUGACCACUUGGGCGACAGGGGGUCUGGGGCAUUGUUAAGGGAUGACGACAGCUAUAUCAUGAAGUCAACACCGUUUAAAGUGUUGGUGAAUCAUCCCAAAGCGACAGCAAUGCAAGCGAGUCUCAUUAUGCGCGAGGACCUUCCAUGGUCUACAACCCGCAGAAUUGUAGCGCCGUUUGUUGAGUCCGGCAUAUUCGCAAUGCGCCAUAUGGAACAGUUUGUGGGUUCCAGGCGAAGUUUCUUCUGUGGGUUUAGUGUCCACGGGGCGCGGAAAAAAGUCCAGUGCAAUUACUUACGCAAAAGGUAUGCUGCGGAGAUAAUGUUGUCCCCCGUGAACAAAUAUGGCGACGUCAUUCGACACCGGUUGCAGUUUGUGUAGUCAUUGUUCUGACAUGUUAGCCAGUCACUUUUUUUUUUUGAAUGGGGGUAUUAUGGGUUGGGCGUCUUUUGGGGUGGUUUUUAGCAAGCUUAGACAAUGACUUUUUUGUUUUGGGACGAUUGACAGAUGUGUUUCUGUGGGUCACUAGGACAACCGCAUGUUGGUUGACUAAAAACACCCAGUAGGGGGUGGUUUUAAAAAAAAAAUUCCCUUUCCUUUUUUGUUUC